CAGAUCAUACCCAGUCGACAUGUUAAAGGGGAAUUCUUAUUUUGGCUGUUAAAAGCACAUCCACAGUGCGCAGAGACUGUGACCACAAGUCCAUGGCAGUUGUGAAGCAAAGUAGAAGUUUGAAUCUGCUCAGUGAGGCAUAAUGAGACACUUUGCAUAUAAACUUUGAGCACGGAUGUCUCUCUCAGGGCUAAAAACUUCCUCUUUUGAAAGGGCAUGCCAUUAACUUUGUCUUUUCAGCAAGUGCAGAAGUCGUUGCCGCUGUCAUUUGUACAUGUGUGUACAGACGAGACAACAGGCAGCCAGCAUAAUGGGGCAUUAAACAUGGAAGUAUUUUGGAGAAGAGUUGAUGAUAUGAACAUGAAUGGCUGGUUUCAAAAAUUCUAUAAAAAAAAACUGUCUUUCUUGGCACAACAUGAAAAAGACAUUAAUGAAACAAAAGGCCCACAGACCUCUGGCAACUGCGUGCAACCACUGACCCUCACUGGGACAGCACCAUCCACACAAUCUGUUCUGGACUCUGAGGUGAGGUGGAAAUGGAAAUAUGACGUGUUCGUGUGCCACAGUAAUGCCCACAGUGACAUUGAAGAGGCCACGCGUUUGGUCUCCUUCCUUGAGGGUUCCCCACACAGGCUCAGGUGCUUCCUGUGGCAGAGGGACACCUGCCCCGGUGGAGCCGUUUCCACUGAGUUCUGCCAGGCGGUGCAGGACAGUCACUUGCGUGCCCUUCUCAUCACUCCCACCUUUGUCAAGGAUGACUGGUGUGGCUACAUGAUGCACCAGGCAAUCGCAGAGGGACCAAUGUCAAACAGGAUGAUUCCCAUGAUCCAGAACCUGCACCACUGUCAAUACCCACCUGAACUGAAGUUCUACUACUACAUUGAUCUCAGCAAAAAUCCUCUCCAAGGCUACACACAUGUCAAAAAGACUAUACUGAAGAACCUGGAAUACCUGCUUAAAAAGGAGAUGGUACUUAAAGAUGGCAUCAUGGGAGUCUCUCACCGGCGAUUAGAGCCAGAAGACAAGCUGACGCCAUCAAAGCAUGGCCACACUGAGACAUCUAUUCCACUGGAAGUGACGCCAAAGUGACAUGAAAGCUUGAGUGACAUUUGCUGUAAUCAAAUUAAAGUAAAGAAAAAAAGACAAAGGGUGAGUGGUUCAGAAACCACAACCACUGCAGCUGUUGACUGAACUCAUGUUUUCAUGAUCUUCUUUCAUGAUGCCCAGCAGUGAAUUUCAGUAGGAACUCCAUAUUUGGAUUUCUUUUUUGAUAAGUGUGUGGUUAGGGGUAUACAGGAAACUUCUUCUUCUUCCAGCAGACGGUGUGUGUGUGUGUGUGUGUGUGUGUGUGUGUGUGUGUGUGUGUGUGUGUGCGUGCGUGCGUGCGUGUGUGUGGUGUGUGAGAGAAAAGGGGUUUUGAUUUCCGUUGUCAACCUACAGCAGUACACUCUGUACUGACCUAUUUAUACUGACUGCACAUGGAGGGAAUGACUGUUUAUGAUGUUAGAUUAACACCCAUAAUCCCCCCUAAAACUGAUUUUCCAAAUUUAAAUUUACAACCAGUCACCAAUAUCCCUGAAAGUCAUUUUGUGGAGACAGGGUUGGAAAUCAGCUGUACCAACAAAUGAUGUUCACCACUAGGUGGCGUAGUCUCCUCUAUACUGAAAAAAAAACCUGAAUGAUGAUGCCUUUUUGUGAAUGUGAGAUUUCUUUGAAGAAUGAGAAAGGCUGAUGAGCAGCAAGAAAACUGGAAAUAUCCACCCAUAACAAACCGCUGACAGAAGCAUGAUGUUUUUUUAUUGAGCUAUGCUUCAAGUGAUCGGGGCGGUUAAAAAUUCCACUUGAGACAGAACUUCAUGCUUCUCUCUGUUUUUGCUUAAAGAUCUCUUAAACUCAGCAAGAUACCCAGUGGACGGCUUUCAUCUGUCCAUAACGGCAACCCUACGAUUCCUUUGAGAUGUUUAUUUGCUGUGUGUUAACUGGCUUCUCUGAGCUGCCAGUGGAUCUGAAUGUGAGCCAGCCCGGCUGUGGACUGCGUAAGUGGAUUGGCUCCAGGCCCUGUAACUCUGAGCAGGUAAUAGUCAUCACGGAUAUGACUACUGGAGCAAGUCGAAACACUGGGAAAAAGCACAAGUUGUCCUUUCAAAAUACUCCGACUUCUGUUUUAGAUAUGACUUUUUGUCCUUGGUCACACCUUCUGUCAAACAAACUAGUUGUGACUUGGUCGAUAGAGCAGGUUAUUUCUCAAUUGAAGUGUUGCAGGUUUGAUUCACUGCAUGUCUGCAUUUCGUCAUAUCUUUGAGCAUUACACCUCGACUUGCUCCCAGUGGAUGGAGCGACCUUGUUGCAUGGCCACCGCCUCCAUUGUAAAAUGCCUCAGUGUUGAAUUUACUCACUCUAUAUAAGGUAUUUACUGAAUCAAAUGGAGUCUAAUGUUUAUUAUCCUAAAGCCUUACUUGCUUUUUUUCAUGCCACACCCUAUAAUAAGAGCUACACAAGGCCUUUUCUGGUUUUUAUCAAUGCUGUGUCUUUGUGCCAGUUUCCCUCCCCUCCAAGCAGAAAGCAGACAUUUCACACCACAAUAAAAGAUACUUGAUAAUCACCUCUUUUGUGGCAAGCCAACGCUGUGAUAUCGAAAUUUAGGGUGAUCUCCAAGAGGCACAGAUGUUCCAUGACAAACUCUGUGAGGCUCCUGUUGUUAACAAUACAGUCAUCUCUCUCACACACAUGUAAACACAAACACAUGUGAGCAUGAGGAACACACUUGCUAACACAAAGCAUAUCCAAAAACCCUCACAAAAAAUGUGUCUUACACAUCCCGACCCAAACACUAAUCUUAACCCAGUGUACUCUAAUAAUGUCUGACGCUAAUCCGACAUUCUCCCAGAACAAACCUAUUUUGACUUUCAAAAAUGUGGAACUUUGUUUGCAUACAAGUGUGCAAAUGUGGUGUAUGGACAAAACACACACACGCACACACUUAAGAUAUGUAAGGGUGUUUUGAGCACUGAAAGAAAAAACUGUGCGCUGUAGUUAUAGUUCUGAUCAUUUCAAUAUUGCACAUAUAAAUGUUUAUUUCAUUGAUUGCACACAUGCAGUGUGUAAACCAUAGCAAUACAUGAAGUUAUUUUGAGAUAGGUAAAUUAAUAAUCUUUAGUUAAAUUGUUUGUCUGUUUCCACACAUACACUAUUUUUUUCUUUUUCAUAUUUUCUUUGUUUUUUAAAGGAAAAAAAGUGUCACAUUUUGCAUAAAUUACAUGAAAAGUAAGUUUGAUGUGCUUUAUAUAUUCCUAAUAGUCACCAGAUCCAGAAUUACGAGUAAAGUAAAACAUUACUUUUGAUGCCUAUCAUUGUAUGGACGAAAUAAAAAUGUAUUUAAAUG